AGAGGCAGAAGAGGGAAGAAAGAAAUGCACACAGAGCAAGCAAGAGAAAGAGAUCGUGGGAGACGUGAAAGAGUGAAGGAUCAGAAGGAGGGGGGAUGUACAAGCCAGAUUUUUAUUGGAAGCAAUUGAAGUGGUUGCUAUGAGACCCGCUCCAGCACAGGACCAGCAGCCAGCCCGACGCUGAUGGUUCUUACUUCAUACUAAACCUUUCCUUUGACACAGUUUUAGAGUUGUUUAAUAUCUGAGCAAGCACCUGACACGGGUGACUUUUUUCUUCUUUUUUCUCCUCCGGUCUUUCGGGUAAAAUGGAGGUGGAAAAUGAAGCCAGCUGCUCCCCAGGCAGCGCAUCAGGCGGGUCCAGAGAGUACAAGGUGGUAAUGCUGGGAGCAGGGGGAGUUGGUAAAAGCGCAAUGACAAUGCAGUUUAUUAGUCACCAAUUCCCUGAUUAUCAUGACCCUACUAUAGAAGAUGCUUAUAAGACUCAAGUUAGGAUUGACAAUGAGCCAGCAUAUUUGGACAUCCUGGAUACUGCUGGACAGGCAGAAUUUACAGCCAUGAGGGAGCAAUACAUGCGAGGAGGAGAGGGCUUCAUCAUCUGUUACUCUGUCACAGACCGCCAAUCAUUCCAAGAGGCUGCCAAGUUUAAAGAGCUCAUUUUUCAGGUCCGUCACACCUAUGAAAUUCCCCUGGUGCUGGUGGGUAACAAAAUUGACCUGGAACAGUUCCGCCAGGUCUCUACAGAAGAAGGCUGGAGUCUUGCCAGAGAAUAUAACUGUGCUUUUUUUGAGACUUCUGCUGCCCUCAGAUUCUGCAUUGAUGAUGCCUUUCAUGGCUUAGUGAGGGAAAUUCGCAAGAAAGAAUCCAUGUCAUCCAUGAUGGAAAAGAAACUGAAGAGAAAAGACAGUCUGUGGAAGAAGCUGAAAGGCUCAUUGAAGAAGAAAGCAAAUAUGACAUGAUGUCUCUGCUUCUGAAUCCCCCACACUCCUAAAUUUUAUCAGUCAAACAAUUCUGGAUGUAGCAUUCUGCUUCAAUAUUCUAUCUCUCUCACUCUUUUUAAAAUAUCUGCCUAUAGGUAAAAGUACGAUCUGCAUAACUGUACCUCUUGAGGUAGUUGUUUAACAGUUGGAUAGAUUUUGUCAAUCAACCGGAUAUGCUGUUUAGUUUUUACAAUAUAUUACUAAAUAAAAUUGACAUUCCAAUUGC